AUGGACGGUUUUCUGCGCAACUGGCGGCAGGACGCAUUGAACCGCGGCCAGUUCGACUCGGCCGUCUACAUUGGCGACAAAGUCUUCGCCUUGACCAACAGCGACUCGGACGCUUUCUGGCUCGCCCAGGUCCAUUUUUCAAAUACUAAUUAUACCCGUGCCUUGGCCCUCCUGACCCGGAAAGACCUGAUCUCGCGCAGUGCCGCCUGCCGAUACCUGGCGGCCCAUUGCUACAUCAAACAGAAUCACUUCGAACAGGCGCUUUCGGUGCUCGGCGAUCAUAAUCCGACUCACCUCUUCCGCAGUAAAAACAGCCGCCGGAAAAUACAACACCUUAACGGGCCAAAUCGGGUCAACCUGCGAAAUGGGAAGAAUGGGGCGACAUCGCGCCUUGAUCCGGGCGACGACCGCGAACGAGAUGAAUACAAUAAUGUUCGAUUUGAGGCGGCCAUGUGUUACCUGCGUGGGCUAUGCUUCGCGAAGCAAAAUGCGUUUGACCGCGCACGCGACUGCUACAAAGAUGCCGUACGCAUCGACGUGCAAUGCUUCGAGGCCUUCGAUCAGCUGAUGAAAAACUCGCUGAUGUCCCCGGCGGAGGAGCUGGAAUUCUUGGAAUCGCUGGACUUCGACUCCGUGGGCUGUCCGGACGCAUACACUGCGCAGGAGGCGGCUCAUUUCACUAAGAUGCUGUACACGACUCGGUUGUCGAAAUAUUCGUCCCCCUCGAUUCUGUCCGACGCGACGGAAACUCUGUCGACACAUUACAAGCUUGCCGACAAUCCUGAUAUUCUUCUUUCCCGCGCCGAGGCCCUCUACACCCAAUGCCGCUUUGCAGAGGCUCUGGAGCUUACUUCGUCGAUCUUGUCCAACUCGGAAUCCUCCACAGCUCUGACCACGGCUACCGCUCCUCAAUUGUCCGCGCAGAAUCACUUGGGACACGCACCGGCGGUAUAUCCUUUGCAUUUGGCGUGUCUCUACGAAACCGGUGCUACGAACUCGCUUUUCCUCUUGUCGCAUACGCUGGCCGACCACGCCCCGGAGGAGUCCUAUACCUACCUCGCCAUCGGCGUCUACUAUUUGUCCGUCUCCAAAGUGGCCGAAGCACGACGGUUUUUCUCGAAAGCAUCGUUGUUGGAUCCACACUCGGCACCGGCAUGGAUCGGGUUUGCCCACACCUUUGCCGCUGAGGGGGAGCAUGACCAGGCCAUCGCUGCUUACAGCACGGCGGCUAGACUCUUCCAGGGCAGUCACCUCCCGCAGCUCUUCCUUGGCAUGCAGCAUUUAGCGUUGAACAACAUGUCUUUGGCCCACGAAUAUCUAUGUGCCGCCUACGCCAUGUCGACAGGGGCUCCGUCCGGCUCCGUCACCUCGAUCACCGCGCUCCCGUCAUCCACCGAAGGGCACUCAUUGGGCGGCGACCCUCUGGUCAUCAACGAACUGGGCGUUGUUCUCUACCACCAGAACCAACUCGAAAGUGCCAUUGAGCUUUUCCGGCAGUCCCUUGCCUUGGCAACGUCGCUUCACUGCGAACCGGGAGCCUGGGUGGCUACGCGGGCCAACCUGGGCCAUGCGCUACGCCGGAUCGGUCGUUUUACGGAAUCACUGAACGAGUUCGACGAAUGUCUCCGCAUUGGAGCCGCCGGCGCGAGCAUUGGCUACAGUCCGUUCUUGGGGGGAAGCGGUGGCCAUGCGUCGGGCGUUUCGGCAUCGGGAGUCGGGGGAUAUGAAGAUCGCGGUCUCGUUGGGUCCCUUCACACCGCGCGCGGACUUGUGUUGUUGGAGCUCGGUCGGACGAUGGAAGCCGUGACAGCCCUUCACGAAGCCGUGCGCGUAUUGGGUGCAAGCGGUGGCGGAGACGCUGCCGGUGGCGCCGGGAUUGCCGGCACGCUUCUAUCUCGCGCUCUAGAGAUCUGGGCGUUGGAAGGUCACAGGUCCGACUCCACGCCGGAGAGCGGCCGGUCAGGAUCCAGCCGGAGCUCCGCCCGUGCCUCGCGAGAUAAGGGAAAGGGCAAGACCUCGCGACGGCGAGUGCCCACGGAGGAUUCCUACGCCGAGGAAUGGACCGACGACGUCCCUCAAGUGGACUCGCAGACUAUGCCCGGCGAAUCGGCGACGCUUGAGAAGGUCGAAAUGGAGCUGGACGACGAGGCAGAUAGGCUCUUCCGCCAGGCGAUGGGACACAUUCCACGACCCGGCCGGACUCCGGAACUGGAUCCGGACGAUACCCCGGCGACCGCCGGGAGACGACGUCGGGGAUCACGGACGGUGCGAAGUAACGCGAGACAUUGA